UCCAGGCUCCAACCCUUUCCCUGCUUCCCCGCCCUGGGCCCCAUUCCGCCGCCUGCAACUCUCCAGUCUCAACCUCUGCAAGCCCGACAGCUCCCCAGGCUGGCCUUGAACUCCAGGCCCUUCACCUUGCAGCAGCAGACAUGGCGGAUGUUGAGGAGCGGCAGGGCACCAUCCAGGUCCAAGGCCAGAGCCUGUUCUUCCGAGAGGCUGUGCCAGGGGGUGGACAGGCUCCCCACUUCUCCGUGCUGCUGUUGCAUGGCAUCCGCUUCUCUUCGGAGACCUGGCAGAAACUAGGCACACUGAACAAGCUGGCCCAGGCUGGCUACCAAGCUGUGGCUAUUGACCUGCCAGGUCUAGGGAACUCCAAGGAAGCCGUAGCCCCUGCCGCUGUUGGAGAGCUGGCACCUAGUGGCUUCCUGGCCACUGUGGUGGAUGCCUUGAAACUGGGCCCCCCAGUCGUGAUCAGCCCAUCACUGAGUGGCAUGUAUUCCUUGCCUUUCAUCACUGCUCCAGGCUCCCAGGUCCGGGGCUAUGUACCUGUGGCCCCCAUCUGCACUGACAAAAUCAACGCCGCUGACUACAGCCGUGUGAAGACAUCAGCUCUGAUCGUUUAUGGAGACCAGGAUCCCAUGGGUCCCACCAGCCUUGAGCACCUGAAGCAGCUGCCCAAUCACCAAGUGUUGGUCAUGGAGGGAGCGGGGCACCCCUGUUACCUUGAUAAGCCUGAGGAGUGGCAUACAAAGCUCCUGGCUUUCCUGAAGGGGCUAGAAUGAGCACAGGCUAUGGGCUUCCUGGGUCUCUCCUUCUUUCUCUCUCCUUCCAGGGGCUCCUUCUGCUCAUCAAGCUACAGGAAUCUCUAUCUCUAUGCGUUCUGUCUUUUGGGAUCUGUCUGUCUCUUCCUAUUUCUCUUGCAGUGACAGACCAAGGAGAUGAAAUCCAGAGAAAAUAAAAGCAGACAUCAAGGGACACAAUCUGGUGGAGGGUAAACCCUUGAUUUGAUGAGCUUCUAGCGCUUUCCUGCUUUUUGAACUCCGUCCUUUGCAGGCCCUGUGUCCCUUUCCUACCCCAUACCUCCUCUUUGGAUGUUUUGUGGGACACGUGCCCUGCAGCUUCUUCUACACCCAUCUAUGAUCGAUUGAGCCCCCUUUGCAUGGGAACAACCACAGCAGGUGUACGUAUGCACAAACUCACACAUGGCUGACCCGCACCUCCACCCCAAGGCAUACACACACCCCGACUGUAUCAAAAGGAAGGUUGGAACCCUAUGGGACAUUCCUUACCCCCUUGUGGGAGACGAUCUGUCGAAAAGAAGGGGUGGCUAGUCCUAGACUCCACCUACCCCCAGGUUGCAGAGAACCUCCCGAAUGGAACUGCCACCUCCCUCAAUUCGAGGGGUGUUCCCCCUGACCCCCAAACCUCCCUGCUUCUCUCCUUCUCUGUGGGGGCUCCACAUCUCCCCAGUACACGAGGCUAUUGGGACUGGGUCUUUUCAGCCAAGACGGUCUCCGGGAGACUGAACGAGCGGUGGUCGUUGAAAUAAAGUGAUGCCAUUAGA